AUUCAAGCAUCGUUUGGAAAAUUGGUCAACAAAGACAAUGCCAUAAAGGUUGAAAAGCUCCGCCCAGACAUGUCGGAUGUCACUCUCACUGUAAAGGUUGUUAGUACUAAGAUAGUAGGUAUUCAAUUUGCUGAGUGCUUGGUUGGCGAUGAAACUGGAAUGAUAAUCUUCAGAGCUACAAACGAUCAAGUGGACUUGAUGAAAGUGAGUUUGACUGUAACUCUGCAAAAUGCCAAAGUUGACAUGUUCAAAGAUUCAAUGAGGCUUGUUGUCGACGAAAGUGGCAGUGUUCAAGUUGCUGAGCCUGCCGGUUUUACUGUGAAGGAAGAUAGCAACCUCUCACUCAUUCAAGCAUCAUUUGGAAAUGUCAACAAAGACCAAAAAAAGGAGGGGCCACGUGAACUGGAGGUGUACGAGCAGGGUAUGCCCAAGACUCAGCUUUGCUUGAAUUGGCAGGACUCUGGUUACUGCCGUUGCAAAGACCACUGCAAAUUUGCUCACGGCAUGGAGGAGCUGCGCCCGGUGAAUCGCCACCCGCUCUACAAGACCAAGGUCUGCAAAUAUUGGCUUGCCGGUGUGCCCUGUGGAUUCGGCCAUCGCUGCCAUUUUCGCCACACACUCACUUGAGGAGGAAAGAAGCUGGUGACAAUAAUAAACCCAGCAGGCCAAUCAGGUAGAAUAUGAUGAAGAAGAUUUAGUAAUAAAAGAGAGAGUUGGGGUAAAAUAAUGUUCAAAUAUAUAGUGAGAAUAAUUAGUAUGUUACAUGCUCUAGGCUCUAGCAAUAGUCCAGAAGAUGGAGAUGAGAUAAGGUUCCCAGAGAUAGAGAUCUCUUGCUUCUUUUGUACGUAGAUAAGAUGUUUCCGUAGGUGGAUGAGAUGUUUGGUGAUGUCAAAGCAAGCUAGCUACCAACCAAGAAGAAACUCUCUUUGGUUGAUCCAUGUUAAUAUGUUUUCUGU